UCUCUCUCUCACUCGGUCAACCGCAAAUCAAAGUCACAUACACUCUCACUCAUUCUCUCUUUUUGACACAGAACCAGAGACGCACGUGGCACACACACAUACACACACACUCACAGACACCACUCCUCAGCAUAGCGGGACAAGCAGCUCACAAACAACAGAGACAUCUACCACUUGGAUUUUCUCAGAGGCUUUAAAAGACCAGACACAGAGGAGUGGAGAGAAGAGACCAGACCAGACACAGAGGAGUGGAGAGAAGAGACCAGACACAGAGGAGUGGAGAGAAGAGACCAGACCAGACACAGAGGAGUGGAGAGAAGAGACCAGACCAGACACAGAGGAGUGGAGAGAAGAGACCAGACCAGACACAGAGGAGUGGAGAGAAGAGACCAGACCAGACACAGAGGAGUGGAGAGAAGAGACCAGACACAGAGGAGUGGAGAGAGAAAGAGUAGGAAGACAGCGGAAGCCAAAGAAAGAGGAAGAGAAGAGACAAGUGGAACACCAGACCGGAGUUCCAGUGACUCAGGCUCUACACUGAAGACUCCUAGAUCCUGAACCUGUGUUAUCAAGGAGCCUCCGUCCUCUUCCCAGCCCCCUGUGUGUGUAUCCUCCUAUACCCGUGUGUGUGUGUGUGUGUGUGUGUGUGUGUGUGUGUGUGUGUGUGUGUGCACCCUUUGCCCUCCUUGUCCCAGUCCACCAUGCUGUGGACUGUUCCCCUAGCUCUGCUGGUUCUCCUCCUACUGCAGACCCAGCUAUGUGUCUGUCUACGGGGGCUCCGAGCAGCCAGCUCUUCCUCCUCUCGCUCUCGUAACGCCACCCAGCAGCGCCUACCUGGAGCCAUCAUCAUCGGCGUGCGUAAAGGUGGCACCAGGGCCCUUCUAGAGAUGCUCAGCCUCCAUCCGGAUGUAGAGGUUGCCAAAGCUGAGGUGCACUACUUCAACGUGGAAGAGCACUUCCAGCGGGGGCUGGCAUGGUACCGUGCCCAGAUGCCCUUCACCCUGCCUGGACAGCUGACGGUGGAGAAGACCCCUGGAUACUUUGCCUCUCCCCAGGUCCCAGUGCGGGUCUGGGAGAUGAAUCCUGCUGUCCGACUACUGCUGAUAGUUCGCGACCCCGCCGAGCGCCUCGUCUCCGACUAUACCCAGGUCCUUCAUAACCGUGUGACCCGCCACAAGCCCUACCAGCCUCUAGAGGAAUUGCUGCUCCGGCAGGGCCACAUCGACCCGGCCUACAAGGCGCUGCAGAGGAGCCUGUACCACCAGCACCUGACCCGCUGGCUGGAUGUGUUCCCCAGGGAGCAGGUCCAUGUGGUGGAUGGAGAGGCCCUCAUCAGACACCCCUUCCCGGAACUCCGCAGGGCCGAGAAGUUCCUGGACCUUCCCCCGCGCAUUGCUCCCUCCAACUUCUACUUCAACACCACUAAAGGGUUCUACUGCCUCCUCUCUGCCGGGGGACAUGACAAGUGUCUGGAUGAGUCCAAGGGGAGGCCCCACGCUCCUCUCAGCUCACAGGCCUUCAGGAAGCUGUGUGGAUACUUCAGAGAACCCAACAGGCUGUUCUUUGAGAUGGUGGGGCGCUCCUUCAGCUGGUGUUGAACUGAUUGGGACAGAGCACAGAGAGAGGAGACAGAGAGGGGACAUUGGAGAUAUUGGCCUAUAAUAACAAUAUUUGUCCAAAACGUUACCUUAUUAUCAGUGUGAUAAUUCUGUUGGCUUGCUUGAUUGAUUGAUGGUCCUGUGUGGCUCAGUUGGUAGAGCAGGAUGCUUACAAUGCUAAGAUUGUGGGUUCAAUUCCCACUGGGGUCUAGUAUGGGAAGAAAAUGUAUGCACUCACAAUUGUAAGUCGCUGUGGAUAAGAGUAUCUGAUAAUGAUUGGUUUAUUUGUGUUUAUUGAUGGGUGAGUGGGUGGAUUAAUCAGUUUAGGGUAGAUGAGAGAUGUGAGGACUACUGCUGCACACAUAGGACUUUAGAGAUCUCUACGUUUUAAAUGUACUGUCAAUGAGCUUCUCCAAGCCAGGCUGAAACCCUGGGAGUAAGCAGCAUCCCAAGCAAAGACUGUAUAAGAUGACAAGCCCUCAAUGAGGGACACACAGAAUUACAUGAUGGGUACAUUCAAUAUGGCUGCUCCACCCAUCACAGAUUAGAACCAUCACUUGAAUGGGAGCCAUUCUAGUGAUUAAAUGUUUAUGCUACUACCUGCUGGAGAACAUGAACUGAAGUGCCCGUUCUGUGAUACUGUAUACCUGGUGGUCCUAAUACUGCCUGAUCAUCACUCCUCCUGGUGCCUGUCAUGUGAGCCUUUGCUUCCAGGGCUGAACACUUUCUGAUGCACAAACUGCCAUCAAAUCAAGUGUCAGGAACUACAAUAACCUGUGCAAUACAAUUGUAUCAUGAACAAUCAGGACACAUAUAUAACUCUUGAAAUACAAUAUCUGUAGCUCCUUCUUCGUACGUUUGAUGUUCAUUAACAUGAGUUCUACAACAGAUAUUGUUAUAAGAAACAGAUGAGUUCUACAACAGACACUGUUAAAAGAAACAGAUGAGUUCUAGAACAGACACUGUUAGUAGAAACAGAUGAGUUCUAGAACAGACACUGUUAGAAGAAACAGAUGAGUUCUACAACAGACACUGUUAAAACCUCUUAAUCUAACUCUUAAUCUAACUGCCUGAAGCUCAGGCCCUGAAGCAAGGAUAUGCAUAUUCUUGGUACCAUUUGAAUGGAAACGUUUUGAAGUUUGUGAAAAUGUGAAAGGAAUGUCGGAGAAUAUAACACAUUAGAUCUGGUAAAAGAUAAUACAAAGAAAAAAACAUUUUUUUUGUACCAUCAUCUUUGAAAUGAAAAGAAAGGCCAUAAUGUAUUAUUCCAGCCCAGGUGCAAUUUAGAUUCUGGCCACUAGAUGGCAGCAGUGUAUGUGCAAAGUUUCCGACUGA